ACCACUUAUUUAAAGUAUUAUAAUUAUUAUUUUUGCCUUCAAUAAUUUUGACAAAAGGUGUCUUGCACAUUAUUAUCAUUUAAAUGUGGGAAUGUAAACAACAUAUCCAACUGUCAAAAGUGCCCGCCAAUUUCACAAAGCCUUUACAUUAAUUGUCGAACAAUUUAGAAGUGAAAUUUAGAGUGGAUUAAAUACGUAAAUAGAAUUUUAGAGCGUGUGGGAAAAUAUUAUAAGUAAUCAAGUAUUGUAGAAAUGGAUUUUCGCAGAAAAACGCGUGCCCGUUUAGUGCGUAAACCACAUUAUGAAAAUCUAGAAAUAAAGUACCCACACAAUGUUGCACUUUACCGAUUGCCUCCAAAUGAAGACAUAAAAAUUAACGAAUUCGAAGACUUGGCUCUGGAACGGCUCAAAGUCCUUCGCAUUCUAGAGCAAGCGAAUUCUAAAAAUCUGCGUUUAUUGUCAGAUGAAUGGAAAGAAUCGGUCAACACUGAGUUGAAUAGAGAAGGCCUUAAAGGUUACUUACGUCUUUGCACGGGCAGCAGCGCCAAUCCCGCAACGGAUAGUAGCAAGUAUGAGCAGGAGUUGCAAGCAAGACGGCGUGAUUACAUUUCACAUUUCAUUUUGCGUUUGGCAUAUUGUCGUACAGAAGAACUGAAGCGCUGGUUUCUGUCGCGUGAAAUGGAACUUUUCAAAUACAAAUUUUCAUCAAUGAGCAGCAGUGACAUCAAACAUUUUCUCGAAUUGAAUAAAUUGGAGUAUGUUCCACUGAACGAUUCCCAGAAGGAUGCAGUUAAGGAUGGAUUAUACGAAAGCACAGUAGGCCAGAGUGUAUCCAAAAUUGAAUUGCUAGAUUUCUACAAGGUACCUUUUACGCAAGUUCUGGACUUGGUACGAGCGCGAAGAUGUUACUUGAAGAGUGGAUUUGCGUAUGUAAACACACAUGAUUUUGUCUCAAUUAUAGCUGUUAUUCAGCUCAACGAAAUUGAGCAUGGACUGCAAUCUGCGCAAAAGCUAAUACGUGAGGUGGAAGCAGACGAGCGCAUAUUCCACUUACUGAAAUCAUUACACACGUCAUACACAGGUAAAGAUUAUGCUCUCAGUAAAGAAGGAAAUGUACCACCUGAAUCUUUGGACCAACUUUCAAAGAAAUCUCUUCCAAUGUGCAUGCGCAGUUGCCAUGAAUAUUUGCGUACGAAUCACCAUCUUAAACACGGCGGACGAAUGCAGUACGGCCUCUUCCUUAAAGGUAUUGGUGUAACUUUGGAGGAUAGUCUGCGUUUUUUUCGAGAAGAAUUUACAAAGAAAAUCGAUGCUGAACAAUUUGCGAAGCGCUAUGAAUAUAACAUAUAUCAUAAUUAUGGAAAAAAGGGUUCGAUGAUCAAUUACACUCCUUAUUCCUGCCUCAAGAUAAUCCAAGAGAAUGCUGUCCAGGAUGACUGUCGGGGAUGUCCCUACAAAACAAAUGAUGCAAGUAUGUUAAAAGUGAAACUCGCAUCGUAUGGUCUGUCAUCGGCCCAUGUUCAAGAAGUCAUGAGCUAUGUGUCAAAAGGCCAUUAUCAGCUUGCAUGUGGCAAAUAUUUUCAAAUAACACAUGAUUCACCCGUAGAACUUGUAGUUCACCAUCCAAAUCAAUAUUUCGAAGAAAGUCAGAAUCUGAUGGGUAAUCGCUCCGUGAAAAAAGUAAAUAACACAAAACAGCUGAAUAGGAAUAGGCGAGGUGCCACCGAACAUACGCAAUCAAUGAAUGCCGAUGAAGAUGAUGAGCUAUGGAAUGCAGCUGAAACUCAAGAGAGUACAUAUAACAGUCUCCAAGCGGAGAAAAGCGCAUGGGAUGAAGACCUCGAUCUUACAGCUAUAGAUUGUUAAUAAAAAUUUAGAUAUUAAAGAAAUAUAUGUACAAAACAUUUAUUUAAAGUAUUCCAUAACAUGUUUGUAACAGGAAAGCUUCGUAAUUUAUAUGAGAAUAGACUAUAUAGUCCGAAUCAGGGUGUCUUCAAAUGCUUCGGGUGACACAAAAUUGGCCACUGUUUUCUUCGUCGUUGUAAAAUAAUAUCAUUUUAUGUUAUCAAUUUUAAAUGCUUGAUUUAGAUGAAAAUCUUUGGAAGAAAACACACAAAUACACAUUUUUUACCGAUAGCACAA